CCCGGCUUUUCUCUUCUUAAUUUUUCCCCCUUUUUCCGGAGCACGAAUCCAAACAUUUUCCAAACCAACAAAGCAAAGUUCGCACGCUGGCACUGAAGCUGGGACAGGCUGGCGCUGACGCCGGUCCCCCUCCUUCCGACACUUGACUCAACCUUGCAAGCAAGUGUGUGUGUGCCCCCAUCUCCCGCCCCGGUAACUUCCAUAGCGAAUAACAAAUACCCAUAAAGUCCCCGUCGCGCAGCCCCUCCCUGCGGGCAGCGCACUAUGCUGCUCGGGUGGGCGUCCCUGCUGCUGUGCGCGCUCCGCCUGCCCUUGGUCGCGGUCGGCCCCGCCGCGGCACCUGCCCAGGAUAAAGCCGGGCAGCCUUGGGCUGCUGCAGCGGCCGCCCAGCCCCGCCGGCGGCAGGGGGAGGAGGCGCAGGAGCCGGCCGAGCCUCCGGGCCACCCGCACCCCCUGGCGCCGCAGCGCAGGAGCAGCGGGCUGGUGCAGAACAUCGACCAGAUCUACUCCGGCGGCGGCAAGGUGGGCUACCUCGUCUACGCCGGCGGCCGGAGGUUCCUCCUGGACCUGGAGCGGGAUGGUUCCCUGGGCGCCGCUGGCUUUGUGCCUGCAGGAAGCGGGCUGAGUGCGACCCGGCACCACCGGGACCACUGCUUCUACCGCGGUACGGUGGACGGCAGCCCCCGCUCCCUGGCGGUCUUUGACCUCUGUGGUGGUCUCGACGGCUUCUUCGCCGUUAAGCACGCGCGCUACACCCUGAAGCCGCUGUUGCGCGGGCCCUGGGCCGAGGCCGAGGCCGGGCGAGUGUACGGGGUUGGGUCCUCGCGGAUCCUGCACGUCUAUACCCGCGAGGGCUUCAGCUUUGAGGCCUUGCCGCCGCGCACCAGCUGCGAGACUCCCGGGUCCCCGCCAGGGCCUCGCGAGCGCCCCCCGGCGCACAGCAGCCCAGAGCGACGCUGGGCGCUGGCCCCGCAGUUCCUGGACCAGUCGGCUCCCUCUUCCGAUGGGGACCAGGAACCCCAAACGUGGUGGCGGCGGCGGCGCCGCUCCAUCUCCCGGGCGCGCCAGGUGGAGCUUCUCCUGGUGGCUGACGCGUCCAUGGCGCGCAUGUAUGGCCGGGGCCUGCAGCAUUACCUGCUGACCCUGGCCUCCAUCGCCAACAGGCUGUACAGCCAUGCCAGCAUCGAGAACCACAUCCGCCUGGCCGUGGUGAAGGUGGUAGUGCUGGGUGACAAGGACAAGAGCCUGGAGGUGAGCAAGAACGCGGCCACCACGCUCAAGAACUUUUGCAAGUGGCAGCACCAGCACAACCAGCUGGGGGAUGACCACGAGGAGCAUUACGACGCGGCCAUCCUAUUUACUCGAGAGGAUUUAUGUGGGCAUCAUUCAUGUGACACCCUGGGAAUGGCAGACGUCGGGACCAUAUGUUCUCCAGAGCGCAGCUGUGCUGUGAUUGAAGAUGAUGGCCUCCAUGCGGCAUUCACCGUGGCUCACGAAAUUGGACAUCUCCUUGGCCUCUCUCAUGAUGAUUCCAAGUUCUGUGAAGAAAACUUUGGUUCCACGGAAGAUAAGCGCUUAAUGUCUUCCAUCCUAACGAGCAUUGAUGCAUCCAAACCCUGGUCCAAGUGCACCUCAGCCACCAUCACAGAAUUCCUGGAUGAUGGCCACGGUAACUGUUUGCUAGAUCUACCCCGCAAGCAGAUCCUGGGCCCGGAAGAACUCCCUGGACAGACGUACGAUGCCACGCAACAGUGCAACCUGACUUUUGGGCCCGAGUACUCCGUGUGCCCCGGCAUGGAUGUCUGCGCCCGCCUCUGGUGCGCCGUGGUGCGCCAAGGCCAGAUGGUGUGUCUCACCAAGAAGCUGCCAGCCGUGGAGGGGACACCAUGUGGGAAAGGGAGAAUCUGUCUGCAGGGCAAGUGUGUGGACAAAACUAAGAAAAAAUAUUAUUCAACAUCAAGCCAUGGCAACUGGGGGUCCUGGGGGCCUUGGGGCCAGUGUUCUCGCUCAUGUGGGGGAGGAGUACAGUUUGCCUACCGGCACUGCAAUAAUCCUGCACCCAGAAACAGUGGCCGCUACUGCACAGGGAAGAGGGCCAUCUACCGCUCCUGCAACGUCAUGCCCUGCCCACCUAAUGGUAAAUCUUUUCGUCACGAGCAGUGUGAGGCCAAAAAUGGGUAUCAGUCUGACGCAAAAGGAGUCAAAACGUUUGUGGAGUGGGUCCCCAAAUAUGCAGGCGUCCUGCUGGGAGACGUGUGCAAACUGACCUGCAGAGCCAAGGGCACUGGUUACUAUGUGGUGUUUUCUCCAAAGGUGACGGAUGGGACCGAAUGCAGGCCAUAUAGUAACUCCGUCUGCGUCCGGGGCAAGUGUGUACGCACCGGCUGUGAUGGCAUCAUCGGCUCAAAGCUGCAGUAUGACAAGUGUGCCGUGUGUGGGGGAGACAACUCCAGCUGCACAAAGGUGGUUGGAACUUUCAAUAAAAAAAGUAAGGGUUACACUGAUGUGGUAAGGAUCCCAGAAGGGGCAACCCACAUAAAAGUCCGACAGUUCAAAGCCAAAGACCAGACUCGAUUCACUGCCUACUUAGCCCUGAAGAAGAAAAAUGGUGAGUACCUUAUCAAUGGGAAGUACAUGAUCUCCACCUCAGAAACCAUCAUCGACAUCAAUGGAACCGUCAUGAACUACAGCGGUUGGAGCCACAGGGAUGACUUUUUGCACGGGAUGGGCUACUCAGCUACAAAGGAAAUUCUCAUAGUGCAGAUUCUUGCAACUGAUCCCACUAAAGCAUUAGAUGUCCGUUACAGUUUUUUUGUUCCCAAAAAGUCCGCCCAAAAAGUCAACUCUGUCACCAGCCAUGGGAGCAAUAAAGUGGGCUCGCCCACUCCACAACUGCAGUGGGUGACAGGCCCAUGGCUCGCCUGUUCUAGAACCUGUGACACGGGCUGGCACACCAGAACGGUGCAGUGCCAGGAUGCAAACCGCAAGUUAGCGAAGGGAUGUCUUCUCUCUCAGAGGCCUUCCGCAUUUAAGCAAUGUUUGCUCAAGAAAUGUUAGCCUGUGGUGAUGAUCUUUCGCAGAGAUAACUGGAUGUUUCAUCACGGAUCAGUCCUGGCCAAUGGUGGUGAUCAGUCGUGGUGAAAAGAGGUCUACCUAACGCACAGAAAGUCACGCUUCGAUGGCAUUGUCAACAGGAGUCUAUUUAUGGGCAGAAUCUGCUCUCGGUGACCAAAGGAAGAUGUGCACUGUUUCAUGUGAACAGUGGUGACCUUGGAAUCUAGAAACACUUGGGAGUUAUCGAACAUCCCCUGGGCUACAAGAAUGAGAAAAACACUGAUGAAUGUAGAAUCAGGGGACAUUUGAAGAUGAUGGAACAACAGUCUCCCCCUUGUCACCUACCUCUUCUAGAAUGUCUUCAAAGGCAUCAUAAUCAUUAUCAUCCACAAUACACCAUAGCUUAUUUUUACUGUUUGUAAAUACAUUCUCCCUUGGUAUGUCACUUUAUAUCACUUGGUUCUAUAAAAAAAA